UCUGAUUCUGAAAGCUCAAGCCAUGCCGUUAGCCCCAAGGUCGGUACUGUUGCAAGACCGCCAGGUGCACAAGUUCGGCGGAGGGCUGCAAACACGCAGGUAAAACCGAAUUCAACGCGUGCAGCAGGAGCUGGCGGCUCUUCAGGGACAAUGCUGAAACUUUACACUGACGACUCACCAGGGUUGCGAGUAGACCCAUAUGUCGUCCUGAUUCUCUCGUUGGCGUUCAUUGGAUCUAUCUUCUUUUUGCACAUUUCCGCUAAAAUAAUCCGGUCUUUCACCAAGUGA